AUGUUCGCGCGCAGGGCGGAAAACAACGUGGCCGAGCAGGCCCUGCUGCUCAACCAGGCCGACUCUCCCUGGUACGCCGCAAAGACGGGGGCCUUGGAGAAGAUCAUGCAGCUGUUCCCGGGGCAGAACGUGUACGAGAAGGGUCCCGUGGGCGACAACGUGUUCCACGUGGCGAUGCUGGUGAACACGCCGUCGUCGCUGGCCAUCGCGCGCUACCUGGUGCAGCUGUACGGCACGGAGCUCAUCAACUGCCCGUACCAGGAGCGGACGCGGUACACGGACCCGCCCGGGCUGUACGAGGGCGAGACCGCGCUGCACAUCGCGAUCGUGAACCGCGACUUCGACAUGGUCAAGUACCUGGUCCAGAACGGCGCCGACGUGCGUGCGCGCGCCUUUGGCAAGUUCUUCGCGCGCGGGCGGCCGUGCUACUACGGCGAGUACCCCGUGUCGUUCGCGGCGAGCCUGGGCCUGCACGACAUCUGCGCGUACCUCAAGCGGCACGGCGCGCACGUGAGCGACCGCGACAGCUACGGCAACACCGCGCUGCACCUGUGCGUCUUCCACAACCGCCAGGAGACGUACGACUACCUCGUCACCUACCUCGGCGCGCGCGAGGACCUCCGCAACCACGACGGCCGCACCCCGCUCCUCCUCGCCGCCGAGCUGGGCCACCGCGAGCUCUUCCAGCACAUCUACACGCGCUCGCGCAAGCUCCUGUGGGCCUACGGGCCCGUCAGCGCGUGGUACCAGCCGCUGCGGGACAUCGACACCGUCGUCGACGAGGCCCAGACCGCGCACAUGUCGGCCGUCGAGGCCGUGUGCCACAACUGCCACGUGCACAUGCUGCAGGACUUCGUCAUCCAAAUGGUCGUCGAAACCAAGUGGAAGAAGUUCGCCGGGGCCCUCGCCGCGCUCGUGUGCCUCGGCCGCGCGGCUCUCGCCGUCCUGCUCACCGCGCUCGUCGCGCUGCACGGCUCCUCGCGCUGGGAGACGCGCGCCGCUGACGGCCUCGAGCACGCCCUGCUCGCCCUCUUCGUGCUCUUCGGACUCCUGCUCAUCCGCCGCUACAUGACGUGGCUCGGCUCCAGCAUUCCGCGCAUCCGCGAGGCGCGUCCGCGGUCGGAGAUCAUCCCGCUGUACGCGAUCCCCGGGGAGAACAUCGGCGUCGAGGACCGCGGGGGCCUGUUCUCGGGCAUCCGCAAGGCAGUGAAGCGGCUCUCGGCCGAGUACACGGGCGGGCGGAAGAGCCUCGACAGGGACACGCUCAACAACCCGGGCGGGGGCAACACGCUCGCGCUCGCGAAGGCGACCGAGGCGCACCGGCGGCGCGUGCAGGCCGAGCAGAGCGUCAGCGCGCACAGCCGGGGCGCCUCCAAGGCGUCCGUCGAGGCGUCCUCGCUGUUCGCGACGACGGCGCAGGGCGGGGCGAUGCGGCAGGGCGCGGAGAAGAGCUCCGCGGGUGGCUCGAAGCACGCGGGCACGGCGACGGGGGGCGCGCAGCUGGUGGAGGCUCCUUCGGCGCUGGUGCUGCAGCCGCAGCGGCCUGUGCGCGGGCGGAUGAGCGGGCGCAUGCGCGACGACAGCGGCGCUGGGCAGCACGAAAUGGGUCAGGGCGACGUCGACAGGGUCCUGUCGGCCACGUCGUCGGUGCGCAGCGGGCAGCGCAAGUCGCACGGGGACAUCCCCCUGCCCGGGCACCACCACGAGAUCGCGCCGGCCGUCGAUGGGCCGAGCGGGGCGCGCGCGCGGCUCGGGGCGCGCCAGACGGAGACGGACGAGGGCGGCGGGCGGCAGCGUCUCGGGCUGCGCGGCGCCACCAUUGCGGGCGGCGGCGGCGCGGCGGCGCUCGGCCGCGUCGCCUCGCACCGCCUGGUCAAGCGGACGCCGUCGCAGGGCGCCUCGACGUCGCAGCGCGCGCUCGAGCUCCGCCUGCACAGCUCCAUGGCCGGGCUGGACGACCCGUCGAACCCGCUCGAGGCCACCGAGCAGCGGCGGGAGAGCGGGCAGCUGUCCCCGCUGCCGUCCGCCCCCUCCGCGCCCAUGGCGCCGCUGACGACCCUGCCGAACCUCAACCCGCCGCGAGGCCGCGGCGGCGGCACGGACGUGCUCGGCGCGGAGCCGGAGGCGGCGCUCACGGGCAAGCUGGCGGAGCCGUCGCGGGCCCCGGUGGACACCGAGGAGCAGACCGCGACGCCGCUGGCGUCGGCGUUCGUGCAUGCGCACAGGGACGCGCUCCGGCAUCGCAACGAGGUCGUCGCGGCGAUCGUCGACCUGGCGAUGAUGGCCACGUUCCUGGCGCACUACGGGAUCUGGUUCGCCGACGUGAGGGACCUCGGCGACGCCGCGGCGAGCGCCGGAGGCAUCUCGUCGGCGACGGCGUCCGCGCAGGACGCGCUCCUGGCGGUCGCCACGCUGCUGUCGUACCUGAUGAUCCUGUCGUCGCUGCAGGCCUUCCUGUCGCCCGCGUACGUGAUGGCGCUGCUCGAGUCCGCGUUCAAGCGCCUGCUGCGCUUCGUGGCGGUGUACCUCCCCAUCAACGUCGGGUUCGCGGUGGCGUUCUACGCGCUGCACAACGGCCUGCACGCGCGGUACUACGCGCUGCCCACGACGGGGUCGGCGCGCCUGGACGACAUCCCGGGCGCGAUGGUGUCGGUGUUCCGCAUGCUCUGGUUCGACGUGACGUACGAGGACGUGAUGCAGGUCAACUCGGACGGCCUCCGCGUCGUGGCGUGCGCCAUGUGGGUCGUGUACAUGGUCGUGGCGUGGCUGCUCGUCCUCGGGGUGUUCAACGCGUGCCUCGUGAAGCUGGUCUUCGACGGCAGCGCGCACGCCAGCGCCGGCAGCAAGGCGCGCCUCGCGCACGCGCGCGCCGUGCUCUCGCUGGAGCGUAUGCUGCCGCGCUCUCUGCAGCAGCGCUUCCGCCUCGGGGACGCGUUCCACGACCCGCGCGUGGACUCGACGGUGUACUGGCUCAUGUACGAGACGGUCAAGAAGGACGGGCGGAGGGAGGCGCCGAACCUCCCGCGCACGCACUCGGGGAGCGGGGUCUCCGAGCCCACCACCGCGCCGGUCGGCAGCGCAGGCAACACCGCGAGCGAGGCGUGA